AAAAAACCCACUCCAUUUCAAGGCAGCAGUGGGGGGAAACAAAUUUCUGACAGGAGCUACAACAAACUAUUAUUUCUCCCUCUGAUUUUCUGAUACGAAAUAAAUAAGUUUCCGUUCAUAUUUUAUUUUUUCCAAUUCAGUUCUUGGCAAGUCGAAGAAAACAGAAAGAGUGUUUCAAAACCAAAGGGAAUUCUUCAGGGUUGAAUCCGGAACAAUGAAGAUAUUGGUGACCGGUGCAUCCGGUUUUCUCGGGGGAAGACUCUGCGACGCGCUGCUCCUGCAAGGUUACUCCGUGAGGGUUCUGGUUAGGUCCACCAGCGAUAUCUCUUCUCUUUCUCCAGAUAUCGAAAUCUUCCACGGCGACAUCACCGACUACGCCUCUAUCCUCGCCGCUUGCUCCUCCUGCACCAUCGUCUUCCACCUCGCCGCUCUCGUCGAACCCUGGCUUCCCGACCCCUCCAAAUUCUUCUCCGUCAACGUUGGAGGAUUGAAAAACGUGUUGGCGGCGGUGAUGGAGACUCGCACGGUGGAGAAACUCCUGUAUACGUCGUCGUUUUUCGCCCUCGGACCAACUGACGGAGGCGUUGCGGACGAGAAUCAAGUCCAUCACGAGAAAUAUUUCUGUACUGAAUAUGAGAAAUCAAAGGCCGCUGCGGAUAAAAUUGCGCUGCAAGCUGCGUCUGAGGGGGUGCCAAUAGUCCUACUGUAUCCUGGAGUAAUCUAUGGGCCUGGCAAGGUCACUGCAGGAAACGUUGUUGCACGAAUGCUAGUAGAACGCUUCAGUGGUCGAUUACCUGGUUACGUAGGGUAUGGAAGCGAUAAAUUUUCUUUCAGUCAUGUUGACGAUGUGGUGGAGGGGCAGAUUUCAGCAAUGAAGAAAGGAAAAGUUGGGAGUAGGUAUCUACUAACGGGGGAAAAUGCUUCGUUCAAGCAUGUUUUUGAUAUGGCCGCUGUGAUUACUGAUACUAAAAAACCAGUGUUUAGCAUCCCUUUGUGGGUGAUUGAAGUAUACGGGUGGCUCUCAGUUUUAUUCUCUAGAAUCACUGGAAAGCUCCCUUUCAUCAGUCCACCGACUGUCCAUGUUCUAAGACACCGGUGGGAGUAUUGUUGCGAGAAAGCUAAAAGUGAGCUAGAUUAUAGGCCAAGAAGCUUGAAAGAAGGGCUUGCGGAGGAAAGUGGGAAUGCAACGGUCGAUUUACAAACACACUGCAGUUGCCAUGCCACAGGAGAUAUAUACAAAUAAGAUGAAAGUAACCUAAACAUAAUUUCUCCUGCAUUGUCUUCUCCAAAGCAAAAAUGGUGGCAGCAUCU